AUGAAGACCAACUUCCUCGUUUACCUCACCACCAUCAUGGCUUCCACUGCCAUCGCCGCUCCCGCAGCCCUUGAAACCGAGGCUCGAGAUGUCGCCGAAGUUGAUGCCGAUGCUGCCAUCCUCGCAGACAACUGCUUCCAUCGAAGCAGCUGCUCCGUCUCCUGGGCUGGUAAAGGAGAGGAGUACUGUGACUGGAGAGGCUUCUCCCACAUGACGGGCGACGGAUGCGGCUGGCCCAAGAAGGCUGUGUGCUGCAUUGUUGCAUAA